AUGUCGCAGCCAUUAUCCGUCACCCAGCCCACGCAUCUGCACACCUUGUGGCGCCCAAAGACUUCCAGUAGAUUACAGAGACUCAUCGAACGGCUCACCCGCAAGCCAGAUACGCAAGGCAACCGUGGACUGUUCCUUGAGUACCGUGACGACUAUUCCAUGAAACGAUUGGGACACAUGCUUUGUUUGAUGGUACCAUUGGCCGAUAAGAGCCCAGAGGAGAGACGGGCGGAUCUUCACGCUGAAAUGAAAAAGGAGGGGCUCAGUAAAUACUGGGAGUUUGCGAUACAGGCGCUUUCUACCUCGCCGAAUGAAGUGGAUGAGAGGUUGUACAACGUGGAAUAG